GGCCGGGCCCGGCCCGGGGCUCUUUCCCUGGGCUCUCCGCCGGGGAUUUUUCCCGAGGUUCUUUGCCAGGGCCCUCGGAGGACUCGGCGGCGGCCGCGGGCAGUGAGUCAUCUCCGCCAUGUCGCGGGGAGGCACCGCCAGCUGCGGGUUGCAGAAGUUAUUUGUGAAGCCAUAUCAGGAUGAGCUGCAGGAAGCAAUUUCUGAUUAUGCAAUAAGCAAGGAAAGAGAUAAAUAUUCAGACGACUUUGAAAGUGAUGAAGAUGGUAUGUUAAAUGAUAUCAGGAAAGAACUUACUGAAAGUAAUUCAGGUUCUGCAAGCACUGAGAGAUCUGUUGCUGGGAGUCCUCUCUUGAAUGAUGAUGCUUUACAAAAAGCAGUAGAUUUGGAAAAUGAAGCUGCCGAUGACAUGAAUUUAUCCUUUCAUGAAAAGACACUUCAGCAAAUAAUGGUUUUAGAAGGUGAAAACGCAGAGAAUAACAGAAAAAGUAAUGAAGAAGUACUGCAUCAUAAUAGUGAAAGUGAUGGCUUGCCUAUUAAUGAACCUAAUAAAAAAAGAAAUCAAGAAGAAAACCAACCAAAAGAAAAGCCUCAGAUGCAGAAAAAAGGAAAUACUUCAGCAUCAGAUCCAGAUCAGAAGACUGUCAGCACUAGUGACUUGAAACUGGAGGAGAAUGGUAGGAAAUCCUUUUCUGUUGACAGUUCAGAUGGAAUGAUGAAAAUAACAGAAGGGCAAAUAAUAACUGAUACAAUACAGGAAGUGUCAGUGAAUGAUCCAUCUGAGCAUGGGGAGGCAAAGAACACAUCCAAGAAUUCUGUCAAGAAACUAAAUGAAACAAAGGAGAGCGUUCUACGAAACCCAAAGGCUUCUUUAUCUGACAGGUCUGCAACUUCUGUGCAUUUAAAGAGAAAGGGGAAAGCUGUUCCAUCAACUUCACCUGUUUCAUCUCAGUAUCUGGGAUCAUUAAAGGUGUUGGAGGAUAAAUGCGUUCAGCAGAAAAGUCCAGAAUUCAACAAAGUAGAUAAUUUAAGGGCAGCUGUUUUUCAGAACUGGUUGGAAAAGAAAAAGCUCCUUCUACUGGAAUUAAAGAGAAGCGAAAAGGAGAAAGCUGAAAUCCUAAGAAACAAUACUGAAAAGAAAGAAGCACUUAAAAGAGAAGAAUCAAUUGCAUGUUAUGAAGCCUGGAAAAAAAAGAAAGAGAAAGAAGCAAAGAAGUUAAAUGAAAAAAAAAAGCUUGAGGAACUUAAGGAAAACAAACCAGCAGAACAGAAUAAGGAAAAAGCAGAAGCAGCACAAGCGGCAUUCAAAAAAUGGAAAGAAAGAAAAGUGGAAUAUUUAAGAGAGCAAAGUAGGAAGGAAAAACAGUCUGAAAGAGUGAAGAAGAAGAUAGAAGAGGACCUAGUUGCAGAGAAGAGGAGAGUCAGUGUAUCGGCAGUUAAAAAAUGGAAUGAAAAGAAGGAAGAAUAUAUGAAGAAGAAGAAAGUAGAAAAAAUCAUAGAGAAAAGAAAGCGAGAAAUGCAACAGGCAAAGAAGGAAGAAAGAAGUGAAAAGGCUAUGGAGGAAUAUGAAAGAUGGCUGGAAAACAAAAUUGGGAGAAAACAGCUUGAGAAGAGCCAAAAGAAGUUGCAGGCUGUCCAUAGGAAUGAAAUGAGUCCUCCCUGGAGGCCACCUGGCAAAGUCACAUAUUCUAAUAGUUACUGAAUAGUUUAUUGUCUUCCAGAAGAACAGAUAGUUUACAGAGUUCUGUAGAUGGCCAGUGACUCUUGUUAUCAGCUGAUUUUCACUGAAUCCAUUAUAUGUGUUAUAUUUUUUCUUUUUAGUUUAUUUGAUCUCUGCAGUUUUAAUAAACCUGUUACUUAUUUGCAUUGCUUAAGAAAAUGUAAUAAUUUUUCAAAUUCCAUAUAUAAAUUAGUUUUGCUAAUUUCCAUGUUAUGUCCUACAUUUUUUGGCAAAAAUUUAUAUCCAGGAUGUAUAAAGCUGGACUCUGGCUUCCUUUUUCACCCAGUAAUUAGCAGAAUGGUUAUUUUUAAGUUACUAUAUCACACUCUUGAGGAGUUAAUUCUUGAAGAAAUUAUAUGAGGAGGCUGUGGGGUAAGGAUAAUGGGCAAGGAGAUGUUGGCUGUCUUGUGGUGGUAGAUAGCAAAAGGUAAAGGAGCAUGGAAGCAGAAUGUCAUUUUCAUACAAUAAUAUACAAGAUACAGGGCAAAUAUAUGUAUUGUAUGUAGGUGAAUAUAGGGCUUUCAUAAGCUCCAAGUCUGGCUCAUGGCAGGCCAGGCAUUUUUUCCAGCAGCAGUGGAGAAAAGAGAAUCUACUGCCAGUAGAAACUUGCAAGAAGCCAAAAAGAUGCCCAGCCGGAGCAGCUUCAGAGGCCCACCUAAGAGGUAGAGUAAACUUACAGCCAGCAGCAGGAGACACGAGGGACUGCAGCCACAGCAGAAUGCAACAGAAUUGCCAAUUUGAAAGCGGCACAUCCAGAUUUUAUGAGAAAACACUAAAUUACUUCAGGCCAUUAGAUUGAGGUGGUCGUGUGCAUCAUUGGUGCUCAGGGCUUUUAGCACAUGGAGCCUUGAAUUUUGGUUUAGUCUGUUAAGAAACUUCAACUGUAGUAUCAAAGGAGGAUGAAAUGCACAGCAGGCUCCAGAGUUUAUUGUACAACAGACCUGGAGAGUCUGAGGAAAGGCAGCCUGUGAGAAAGGUGUCAUAUGGAUCUUUUUUUUAGCAGUGUCCAUCUAGAGGAAGCAAGGAAGGUCCUUAUGCUGACAGGUUGUGCUUGAGAGAUGGAAAUAAAAGUGUGGUAGAAUUAGUGACAGAUAUCAAAAAGAGUUUGUCAGGUGUUUUCCUGACCUGAAUGCUGCAUCCUUACUGGUUUUAAGCCUUUCUAUAACUGGAUAGAAGUUUUGACAGAAGACAGAAGAUGUUGGUGACAUCUUUCAGAGGAAUGAGGAGUAGCUCACAAAUUCACAACUUCUCAAUUAGGAAAAGAUGCUGAAGUCUGUAGACAAGGGAAAAGAGCUGAUAAUGUUUAACUUUUAGAAUAAAAUUUGGGGAGCUUUAUUUAAUGUUAUAGUGUAAAAAUUAGGACAUGUUAUAUAUAGCAUAACACAAAUAUCAGAAGAAUUAGAACAAUAUAAACAUAUGUACAUUAAUGUAUAAGAAUAUACAUAUAUCUGUACAGAUCCUAUCUAUAUGUUUGUAUCUAUAUG